AUGGACUCAGAAAGGCACGCCAAGAUUCAGCGAUACUACGACUUUAUUGACUGCUCUAUUGAAAAUUUGAGGAGUGCAAACGGAAAAACCGAUACAGAUUCUGUCAAAGAAAUUGUACGCGAGCUACAGUUGGUGGUACCAAAAUACGGUAUAAGUCUGAGUCAAUUCAAAAUACUCCUUCAGAUCGUGCUAGACGACACAAACACCAAACUCUUUAGCACUUCCCUUAAAUCAAGAAUUGUGAAGAUCUGGCAUUGCUAUGAACUGUUAGACUUUGAUAUCUUUCUCCGUAUUAUCAGCUCUUUCAGAUUAUCUACGUUUUCCAACGAAGGAACGACACUACACCAAAAGAUUCAAACUAACAUGAGCAAAUGGCUUGUCUCAAACUUUUCCAACUUCAGGCUGAAUAAAGACUACUUGCGCAUUCUUCCCUUUUUGUAUAAUAUGCUGCCGAUCGGAUACAUCAGAACCCAUAUCAGCAUGAUCAUAAUUUACUUGAUUCAGCUGAGCUCGCAAAUUGAUGAGUCCUAUAAUGUUAAGUUCUUCCUCAACGCUUCCAGGAUCAUAUAUUUGACCGAACUUUACGAAAAAGACAAGAGCGUGUUGCCCUUGGUGAUGGUAAUCCACGGCUAUUUGCAAGGAAAGGAUAAUCUGCCUCUUUUUGAUACCUACAGAUAUAAGUUAGAGGAGAUUGUCGAGAAUGAAAGGCUUCCAAAGGAUGCGUUCAAGGUGGAUCGCCAAGUGCUGGACUCUUUGGUGGACGUCAAAGUUCAAUACCAUCAAUUUAAUCAAAGGACUGAUACCAUGUCGCCACUGAUGGAAAUUGAAGACUUCCAGGAGUUUUACUAUAACUUGCAAGACUUCAAUCAAAUGCUUGAGUAUCUCAAUUUAAGAUAUGGUGUUUCAGCCGUGGGACAUCGUCAUAAGCGCAAAAAGCUUGACGAGCUUACUUUUGAUCUCAAUACCAUGGACAUACUGACUUCUGGAUCAGUAGCAGAUUGCUACACAAUUCCUUCAUAUUUGUUGAAUUUAGACAGUGUUCGUGUACCUCGUCAAAUGGGGUUGUUGUUAUACCAGAUCGAUGAGUUUUCGCAUUACAAAGCGCAGCCAAGUUUCAAAGUAGCUGAAACCCUCGGCCAUUUCGUUCAAUUCUACCCAAAGCUCCCCCUGUACAUAGCUUUGUUGCAGCUUGAUCAUCACCAGCUAAACAGCUGGAUGGAGAUUAUUCUUGGUGAAGAGGGACAAAAGUUAAACCCUGUGCACGAACCAUUAUUCAACGGAUUACUUCAGCUCACUAGAUUCUCGCUGGUUCUGCUUCCAGCCUUGGAGCACUUCCUGUUGUCAAACCUGCGACCUGGGGACCCCAUCAUGAGUACUGUGAAAUUUUACGAGCUUAUACCUUACCUUGGAUAUCGACCCUGGUUACAAUUUGUACCAAUCUAUGAGAAGCUCAAGCCACUUUUGAGAAACUCUGUUAGUGCAUCUCGUGCAUUGGAAUCUACGUCUGCUCUCAUCACAAACUGGCGCAUUGUUCAAACCGCUCAUGAUGAUGAAGAAUUUUGGAAAACGAUCAAUAACCUGAUAGAGAAUGUGAUUUGGGAUUUCACGGAGAGUUUUUGUGGCCAAGCAGAACAACAUACUGACUGUAAACUAAGCUUUGUCAAAUUCUUGCGUGUGAUAUACCGAAUCGACUAUGAGCGCCUCAAAUUGUCAAAUCUAGUUCUACCACCAGUUGUACUUUAUGACCUCUACUUUUCAUCAAACUCCGUUCUGAUUGAUGGGAUUUGCCGACAUGUAACAUUCUGCAAACGUUAUUACGCAAACUUCCUUUCUACACAACAAGGACAUGGUGCCAUAAACUCGGAUUUGACUCAUAUGAUGUUCAGCAUGCUUAAAAAUUUGCACAACUCCUACGUGAUGGAUCUAUGCAAUAUUGUUUGGAGAGACAAGGCCUUCGACAAAAACGAAAAGUCGACUGCCAAGGGGUUCAUGCUUCCGUAUGCUCUCACAACAAAAAUGCUCAAACAACGCUAUCAUCACUACGAUUCAAGUAUCGACGAUGGGGAGGACUAUGAUUUUGAUUCUAUCAAAAAAGAUUUUGACGUCUUCUAUGCACCUGCAUAUUCUUCAUUGAUUACUGAUAUAAUAUCCCGUCUUGAAGACUUCAAUGAGGUAGAUAUUCGUCUUGCUGGGCCAUUGAAUGAAUCCGAAUUUAAUCGACUUAUAGGUAAUUCAGAACAAUGGCGCAAGAUGUAUUCUGAUUAUGACUACUUGAGACUAGAUAUAUUGGAAGAGCUGACAAACAUGGGGUUUGACGGAUUACCCAGUCUUCUUCACAGUUCACUGAAAAGUCUCUCGAUCAAGCUUAGAGCGCGAAUUGAGAAUUAA